AUGCAUCCCAGGGCAGGAGCGCCUCCGCGACCAACAUCAAGCUGCCCACCUGUCGACGAGAUGUGGUGUAUAAGAGCAACUGCAUCAGACGGUCUCCUUCCUCAACCCAAGCUCUCCUCCCCUGCUCCAUUCUGCACAACCACGCCAUCAACAAUGCGUUCCACCACUCUCGCUCUCCUGCUCUUCGCGCUCUCAACCAGCGCUCAGGUCACCGUGACCGUCACAAUGUGGGAGACUGCUUACGCUUCCACUCCGGACUCGAACACCGCCGACUCUGGCAACGACCCCACUCCCACCGCCAACAACUGGUCUCCCUCUGCAACCGACGACGCCGAGGACUCUGGCACUUCCACCUGGAACGACAACUCCAACACCGACGACAACUCGGACUCUAACACCCGCACCAACGACACGCCUGGUACUGCUCCCACCGGCGAGCCGUACACUGCUUCUGACGACUCGGGCUCUGGUGCGACUUCCACUCGUCGCCGCGGUAAAGCUACUACCUGGGCUCCCGCGCCAACCUGGACUCCCGACACUGAUUCCUGGACCCCCGACGCGUCCGAGACCGGUACCUGGACGGAGGACAACGCCUGGACUCCCACCGGCACUGGCACCGGGGAGGCGAGCGACACUGGCACCUGGUCAGCCAAGGACGCCUGGACCGACACGGCUACUGGCUCCUGGAAGCCGACCGGCACUGGCACCCGCUCCGGCAAGGUUACUGGCUCAGCUAAGCCUUCGGGCGCGCAGGAGGUCUACUCGGGCACGACUGGCGCGUGGGUUAGCGGCACCUUCGUCGAGGGCGCAACCUACAAUGGUCCCGCCAUCCCGACCGUCUCUGGUUCUCGUUCCGGCCUCCUCCUUCCCACGGGCAGCGGUGCGCUCAAUGUUCCCGGCACCAACGUCACGGGCAACAUGACCAUUCCCUCCGGUACUGCCAUCCUCCCCCCUGGCGCGAGCGCCAACGCCUCUAUGCCCGGCAACACGCCCAUCACUUCCCCCUCUGAGCCCUCUCCCUCGCCGUCUCCGACCCAGGCUGCCAGUGCUCCCAACUCCGGUGCACUCCGCAGGCGCGAGCUCACCAAGAAGACCCAGUAUGGCCUCGUCCUUGGCGCCGCUGGCGGCCUCGUCCUCGCCGGCACGCUCCUGUGA